AUGAGUACUUUCCUGGCUUUCGUGACAAAGUUUUUUUUGGAAAUUGAAAUCUAUGAAAGAAAUCAGCGCAGCCCCGUCAUCUACUUCAUGUUGGACGUGUCGCCGCCGCCGCGUGAAAUAUGCCAUAAGUGUUCCUUCUCGGGUGAAUAUUGCCAAGGAUACAGCGAAGUAAAGCCCUUGAGAUGGACCAAUGGCGUGGCUAGUCGAGGCAAGCUGACGGGAAAGUCUUUACCAAUUACUGAUGGAGCAACUGCUCCGAUUGCAAUGUUGCUUUUAGACCCGGUUCUUCAAGACUUAUCCCCAACAGAUCGGCGUUAUAUUAAAUAUUGUACGUGA